AUGUCAUAUAAAUGCCCAGAUUCAUGUUUACACCCAACAGAUAAUGAAACUGGGACAUGUGACCAUAUAUCUAGGGAUUGUUUACACGGCUGCAAAGAAGGCUUUGCAGGACCAAACUGCUCGAUUACAUGUCCAGAUAAUUGUUUAUCAAAUGAAAGAGGCAUGGAUAUAUGUAAUGAAACUACAGAGCAGUGUUUAUUUGGUUGUAAAGAUGGAUUUUAUGGCUCAAAUUGCACAGGAAAGUGUUCUGAUGUAGAUACAUUAUGUGAAAAAUGUAGUGCAAGCGAUGGUGAUAUCGUUAUUGAAUGCAAGAAAUGUAUCAGGAACUUUUAUCUGUCAGCUGGAAAAUGUCGAGCUUGUAACUACUGGUGUGUUUAUUCAUAUAUAAGAAAUGAGCAGCGAUGUAGACAUGAGGAUGGUUAUUGUAAUCAUGGUUGUAGACCAGGACGUUAUGGUUUCAUGUGUAAUAAUCGCUGCAGAGCUACGUGUAAAGAUGAGUGUCACAGGGAGACUGGAAUGUGUUUUGACUGUGGAGAAUCAAGUUAUUGUGGGCCAACUUGUCAACUAGUAUGUCAAGAUGGUUGCUUACGUCAACAAUGUAAUCAAUCUUGUGAAUGUGUAAAUGGGUGUACUGCUACACAUUGGGGAGAAAAAUGUCAGACCGUAUGCAAUUCAAACUGUAUCAAACCAGCUGAUCCAUUAGAAAGAGUUUGCAACUCGUUGAAUGGGACAUGUUUAUCAGGAUGUGACGGAGAACGAUUCUGGAAGAAUCAGUGUAGUGAACCAUGUUCUAAUAACUGUGUAAACGGCACCUGUGAGCAUUACACAGGUAAUUGUAAAUAUGGUUGCACGAGUGACAGAGUCUAUGGUGGGCGAUGUGAUACGCUGUGUAACAAAAACUGCGAUGCUGGUACUUGCAAAAGAGAGGAUGGAUAUUGUGAUAAAGGUUGUAAAGAAGGAAGUUACGGUAACAAUCGUGAAAACAACUGCAGUGCCACAUGUUUAAACAAUAAAUGUGAGAGAGCUGACGGCAGCUGCACAGACGGGUGCAUUACUGGUUAUGAAGGACAUAAUUGCGACAUAGAAACAAAAUCAGUUGACAAAUUCUUACUUGGGUUUGCUAUCAGCGGAUGGGCCUUGUUUGUUACACUUCUGGCGUUUGUGAUAACUACAGCUGUAAGAAGAAGGCUUGCGAAGUCUAAGAGAAAUGAACAGAAUUCAGUAGAGGAUACACAAGCUCAAACAAUAAAUCAGCAAGUAUACACAACUUUACAGCAUGAGCAAGAUGAGAAUAAUGAUAAGACAAAGUAUGAGGUGCUGAGACUUGGGAGAGGUACAAAUUAUCAAGACAAAUAUCUAAAAAUAAACACUAGGUCAUAGAUGUAUUUAUUAACAUUUUUCAAAAAAAAAAUAUGUAACUGUUUUGAAAUCUCAAUAUGUUACAGUACAAAAUCAUUGUACCAAGAGGGGUCCAAUUAAAAGGUGGAAAAAUUUUUAAGGAACUGAUAACUUCUAUUAUAUUAUAUACAAGUACCGCUAUUUAUUGAUUUUGAUUAAAAUUAUAUUUUAUUGUCCUAAAAGAAACAUAUACAAAUAUGUAAAGACAGUUACAAUACAAUGGUAUAACAUAAUUGGCAAAAGGGUUUGCCCACAAGUUCUCUCAACAUUAGCAAAGGGUCUUUCCUUAAAGAUGUAACUAAAUACUUGUACUGGUUUAAGCAGUAACAGGCUCUUUCUACACAUAUUUACAAACAAGAUGUGGUACUAUCAAAGAAUAUUUCCUUAGUAAAUUAUUCUUUCAGAGAUCUCUCCUGGAGGACAGGCUGAUUAUGAAAACAGCGGCUUGUAAUCAAACAUUUAACAGACUGUCUGAGAUGAAAUGAUGUUGCAUUUGUAAUUACAAAACAGUUCAUGUUAAGACUUUUUCCCUGUUCAAGUUUAUUUUAUUUAUCAUGACGCUACUUAAUGACAUAACGAAAAUGCCAAAUUAAAGCCGUUAAGCUUAAGAUACAUAUAAAUAAAUACUUCAAAAUAAAUCAAACUAAGGAAAAUCAAUGCAUAAAGAAGUAAAUAUAAAAAUCUUCUUACUUUACAGAAGACAAUUUUCAUGUUUAACAUUGUCGGUUUUCUUAAGACUGGAAUGUGUACGUUGUACUGAUUUUUGAUCUGCAGUACAGUACAAAGGAAAUCCUUUUAAGUUUUGAGGUAUUUUUCGUCCAUCUUCAUAUUUAGAAUGAUAAUACAUGGCGAGGCAAACUGUAAUAAGCUAUAUUUUCAUAUCAUAAUUUAUUAGAAAUUUGUUUUUUGAGUAUAGUCAUUGCCAUUCUAUCUGCACUGUUCUGUUGUGAUAAACAUAUGUGCCAUCCUGUUCCCGUUACUUUUUGAACAGGAACCGUUUUAACCAAGGCCGUUUAAUAAAUAUUGGUUGAUGCGUAAAUGCGUAUGUAUUGAAUAUAACUUUGUUUAAUGUUAUUAUUGUCUCAGAUUCUGACGUAUAGUUUGCAAGACAUAAAAAGUUACAUUUGAAUGUUUAGAUUUACAUUGUAUUUAUAGAUGUAUUCAGAUACAUUACCAAAUUAGCAGGUUGCUUUUAAAAAACAACAUUAGAUUGUAAGUGAUUUCACAGAUUGUUAUGGUAUGUAAUACUUUCAUUCUCUAAAAAUCUAACCUACAUGCAUCUGAUGAACUCGCUGUUUUUGAAGCAUAGAAUAUAUAAUGCUUUGAUCUCGCUACAAUACCUAUUUGAGUAUUAUCCUAAAUAAGGUUGGGAAUAUUAGCAAUGCACUCGUACACAAAUAAUAUACAUCGAAUCGAUUAGUAUAAAACUAAACCUGAAUGUAAUAAUAGAAACUGAGAGGUGUCAAGGGCAAUAGACACGAAAUUUAGAAUGUUGUUUAUUGUUAGAUAUAAAGAUAAUCUUAAUUGUUUGUUUUUCUGUCGAUUUUAAUACUUGUUUUAUCAUAAAAUGGCGUACGAUCAACCAAACUGACUUUCCGGGAUAUACCAACCGCUUAAUAUAGCAAAAACUUAUUUUUACUUACUUCGACCUAUUCAUUGCACAUAAAAAAUAGCAUAGAUUUAGAAAGAAGCAAAUUAUGGUUAUGUGUCUUUGACGUACUAUUUCCUAAUCGCAAUGAUUUAUCAAUGACAACAGAACAUAAUUCAGGCAAAAAUUAUUACAAAUUGUACCACAUUAUAAAACCACAUUUGCCUACAUGGUAACUGAAAUAAACUCCCAUUACCAUUAGUUUUAACAAUAGUUAUAUGCCCAGAUAAUUGCCUAGAGCAACACCAGUUCUAAAUCUGCAAUUAUGAUGUUUAGAACAAUUUGGUUUCCACAAGCACCAAACGUACAAACAUAUUUCCUUCUUACAGGAUUUUAAGAACGAUUAUUUUGGGAACUACAAUAAAUAGACUUUUAGCUUUAUGCACUUUAAUGUAGUUAAAAACAUAACAAUUUGUAACUGUAUAUUUUAAAUAAAAAUAUUUUGAUCAAUAUAUUGAUUUUGUUUUUAUUAUUGAAUAAUGUCUCAUAGUUGACACACUUGUUUGUUUUGAUAAAGAUGUGUGCGUGAUUCGCUGAUGACAAAAUAUGAUUUUGUUCAUAAUGCAGUGUCUAAAAUCUAGAAACGAUAUAUGUCAUU